UUUCAAUUCAGCCUCCUCACUCAUCCUCCGGCAUUCAAACACCAUGGAUCUGAGCAAACCUCAAGUCGGAGCCUCUUCCUCUUCCUCCACUUCUUCCACCCAUUCGUUCACACACGAUGUCUUUCUGAGCUUCAGAGGUCCGGAUACGCGCAACAAUUUUACAGGCCAUCUGUACCGCAAUUUGGUUAACAAGGGAAUUAACACCUUCAUUGAUAAUGACCUUACAAGAGGAGAAGAUAUAACAAAGGAGCUUCUCGAAGUAAUUGAAGGAUCAAGGAUUUCCAUUGUUGUAUUUUUUGCGAACUAUGCAUCUUCAAAGUGGUGCUUGGAUGAACUUGUCAAGAUCUUGCAAUGUAAAGAAUCCAAGCAACAAAUAGUUUACCCAAUUUUCUACAAGGUACAUCCGUCGAAGAUACGAUACCAGAAGGGCCAGGUUGGUGAUGGAAUUGCUCACCUUAGCAAAUACGAGGAUAACUUAACGAAGGUGGGGAGUUGGAAGGCAGCCCUUACACAAGCAGGAGAUUUGUCUGGGUGGCACAUCGAGGAUGGAGAGCAUGAAGCGAAUGUCAUUGAACAAAUUGUUGAAGAGAUAUCAACUGAAAUAAUGAAAUGCACCCCUUUAGAUGUGGCAACACAUCCUGUUGGAAUAGAAUCUCGUGUAGAAGAUAUACUUAAGCUCUUAAAUGUAGAGCAAGACGAUCCUCACAUGGUAGGGAUAUGGGGAAUUGGUGGAAUAGGGAAGUCAACACUUGCAAAAGCUGUUUUCAAUUCAAUUAGCAAUAAGUUUGAACAUAGCUGUUUCCUGGCAAAUAUUAGAGAAUCAUUUUCACGAGGAGAUCUUGUUAAGCUACAAAACGAUUUUCUUUCUAAGAUUAUAGAGAGGAAUCCACCUAAUGUGGAAAAUGUUGAUGAAGGAAUCACUGUGCUGAAGCAAAAACUAAGCCAGAAAAGGGUUCUCUUAGUUAUUGAUGAUGUGGACCACUUGGAUCAGUUAAGAAAACUUGCUGGAGGGUGUGAUUGGUUUGGUCAAAGAAGUAGAAUUAUCAUAACAACAAGAGAUACAAAUUUUCUAAGUGCUCAUGGAGUCAAUUCAAAUUCAAUAUAUGAGGUCAAGGAAUUAAAUCAUCAAGAAGCUUCAGAGCUCUUCAAUUUCUAUGCCUUCAAAGAAAAUAAACGUAUGGAUGAUUUCUCUGAACUUGCAAGUAAGGUGAUACGUUAUGCUAAAGGGAUUCCGUUAGUUUUGGAAGUUUUGGGGUCAGAUCUAUGUAGUAAAAAUAAGGCUGAGUGGGAAGAUGCAGUAGAGUAUUACAGCAAACAUCCUAAGCCAGUGGUUCUAGAAACUCUCCAAAGAAGUUACGAGGCGUUGGAGUAUCCGAUACAACAAUCCUCCAAGAAAAGGCCUUAA